GUGGGAAAUAACUUUGAAGUAACAGCUGUUGCAUUGCAGCGACAGCAUUUGGAGAAAGUCGAUUCCUUUCACAUUCAUCAUUCAUCGGCAUUUUCCUUCCGGUAGGUGAUCUCAGGUCAGCACAGUGGUUAAGAUGCAAGACUGAGAUGCUUUAGACAUGUGCAGAGGAGGGCUACCAGGGAAAGGAUAUUGAAUAUGGAGCUGCCAGGCAAUUGAAAAAAAAUUAAACCACAGGGGAGAUUUGUGGAUGUAGUGCAACGGGUUGACAGAGGAGAAUGUAAGGGAGAGAGGGUGAGAUAGGAGAUGAUCCGCUGUGGCGACCCCUAUAGGGAGCAGUCGAAAGAAGAAGACAUGAUCCCCUAGAGCACCAGAUAAAAUCAUAUAAUUGCACCAUCUUUACACAUUUGAGUCUUUGAUUCAGCUGCUCGCUUGUGCAGUAACACAUUAGCAAACUGAAACAACCCCAGCAAGUAAUUCAUUUGCAUAUGGAGCCAGAAGCUUAUAGAUGAUGUCUGCUGAGGAAGAAGAAGGAAAAAAAGAAAAAAAAAAAGCUGAUAUGAGGGCUAACAGUGUUGAUAUUUUUCAGCUGUUGUAUUAGUGCCACCCACUGGUUAAUUCCAACUAACAGCACUUUUCUGUAGACUCAGUGGGGGCCACAGCUGUGAUUCCCAUGAUUAUUCGUAAAUCCUUCGCAAAUACAAAUGGUUUUAUAAUCAUUUUUAAAUCGCUCAUUAUAUCCGUGCCCCAGGAUGUGCUCCCCAAAGUGAGAAACUGUGGAGCUAACCUCUGAAUAAGUGAUGUCAUUAUGCUUCAGUGCUCUAGUGGUGUAAGAGACACGUGUGGCAAAACAAUCUCGUGUCAGAGCUGGUUCGGAGGCUGUUGUGGCGCUUUCGAUCAUAUCAAAUCAUCUUGUUUGAUGGAUUCAUUUGUAUCCGCUUGCAGUUUUCUUUAAAACAGCUGGCGAUCAGAUUUUAACACAAAGCUAAACUUUCCCAGGGAAUGAAAUCGCUGGCAUUCCCCUUAACGUGCUUGAAGAGGUUUCUCAGUUGCAAGCAAGGGACAAUUAUUGGAAGAAAUAAAAAUAGAGUAAAUCGUGUAUUAGUUCCUCUUUACAAUUCAACACCAAAACAAUGCAUUGUGUCUGCAGGGCAACUAGUGUUCGUGCCGGAUAAGAAGCCUGCAGUACAAAACCUAUUUUGUAAGAAUGCGUUUCAACAUUGUCAGUGAUUUCCUUCCAAAGAAAGCCAUUUCUUUUUAUCACUAUUAACAAACAGCUCAGAAGCAGCUGUGUGAAAAUCUAGAAUCAAAUAUGCUGUAUUGUCCAGGGAGCGUAUGCUAGAACACAGGCCCAGGAAAGGAGCAGGGUGGUGCUUAUAAUAAAAAGGGGGUGGUUUUACAAUGGACAGUUCAACUUAUUUAAAGCACAAAGCAGAAAAGAGCAUUGACUGUACAGGAAGUGGUGGUGGGGUGGGAGGUAGACUGUUGGAAAAGAAAAUGACGCCUACGUGACACACAAGGGUUGGACAUGACGAGAAGGGGGAAAAGGCCAGAGAGAAGAGAAGAAGCUCCAGAAGACAUCUGGCUUUACUGCUGUUUCAAACUGGAAUAUUUCUUACAAUGGCAAGCCCUUUAAAGGUAUUGCGGUGUUUUGGGCCAUAAUUCUUCUCACUGAGGUGAACUGCGCUGCACUUUAACCUCUGAGAAAGUCAAUACAGAGCAGAAGACCUCUGACUCAACUGUGCUGUCUGUCUCGGGUUUAGAAAGGUAGGUGAGUCCCGCUGCAGAGGGUUUUGAUGUGGAUAACUUCAAGGUAAACAAAAAGGGGAAUUCUAGGUUAUAUUUAAUGCAUGCAGGUUGGGUUGUGUUCUUGCACCGUUAUCUCUGUUCUCUCUCUGUGUUUUCCUGUAGCAGCUGUGCUUGAGGGGCUUCAUUUUAGUUUUGGCAGCAGACGUGUCCCGGUUUUGUUCCAACUUCUGAUUUUACUGCAGUCUGCAAUGCCAAUACUGUUGUUCUUUGGAUACUUCACAAAUAAAUUAAGAGGGGAGAAAAAAAAAAGAAUACCCUAAACAUUUGGCUUACAUUUUUUUAAUAGAAGGACAUGCUGGCUGUAAUUGUUUUUGCUCUCAUUUUAAUUUCACAUUUUCUCUGGAGGUGGUGUUAUUAUUCUUGCUGCAGUGGCACCCCUGCUGCCUGAGUACAGAGGAAAUUGUGUGCCGCUGCUGAGGUCAUGGACAAAUUCCUCUUUCUCUACUCUCCGUCUACAUCAGCAGGUGUUAUGGAUCUACAGUAUUUCCUGUGCUGGAGAGUUGCCCCACUGUUUCUCUUGAUGCCAUGUGGGCUCCAUUGUAUGUCAGUGCACAUCCUCAAUGAAGAGCCGGUGUAUGUAAUCCCCGGAUCCAGCCUGGAUCUGAAAGCCCAGAUCAAGCGUGGUCACCUGGAAGACAUCUCCACAAUAACCUGGGAACACGAGCCGGAAACGGGGUUUAAUAUUGAGAGAGUGACACUGGCCACGUGCUCUGGCAGGAGUCUCAAGUGUGCUGGUACAAGGCCAAAUGUCCGUGUGAGCACCGAGCAGCAGGAGACGACACUCCAGAUUAAUGGAUACACCACAGCGGACAGCGGCGUGUACAGUCUGACUGUGACAGAUCGCCAAGGAGCCAACACCUCCACACAAUGCAUCGUCAGGGAAUACGAGGCAGUCCACCACGUCUCCGUCAGCAUUAACGUGUCCCACUCCUUGCUUGUUUGUACCGAGGCCUGGGGGACUGAUCCCAGAUUCAGCUGGCGCCACGAGAGUGCCGACAUCACCAAGGCGGUGGGCAAAGUCUCCAACAAUGGAACAAUAUUAAUUAUUACCAUUUCUCCACUCUGUGGCCACUUCACCUGCAUUGUUAGCAACAAGCUCGGCCAUAGUUCCGCCACCUACACUGCAGCACCUUGUGAGACCGAGAACAGAAGUGCGACGGCAGCUGUAGUCUGUCUCCUGCUCCUGCUGAGUUUAGGAGGAGUGCUCGCAUUUCUGCUGUGGAGGAGGUACAGGCACAAUAACAGAGGAGAAAGGCUGCACGAGCAUUUAGAUGACACCAUCUAAAAAAAAGUGCCUGAGCCACAUUAUGCUGCUCAGGUGUCUCAGAGAGGAGAACAGGAAGAGCACUGGCCUAUGGGGGAGGGCCUUCCUGUCCUGUGAGCACUAUGACCUUUCACUGCACUGAAACAAUGUGAAGAGCGAACCGCUUCUGGACAGAUAAAAAAAAUAUAUAUAAAAAAAGUGGAUAGGUGGAUUGAAGGGCCAGCCUUAUACUGCCUCCCGCUGGGCUUUACCUGAAACUGUUCAAUAAGCAUUCAUUUUGUAACCUUGUGUUAACUAAGCUGUAUGCUUAAAAUAUGCUGUAAAAUAUUGCCUUUAUGCUGAAAUCCCUCUACGUAAUGUGAUGGAAAUCAACAGAUCACAAAGAUUGUUUAAAUUAACGGUGCUUUUUGUUAUUUUAUUUCCUUCAAACAUGUAUUUUCACAGAUAUGCGACAAGCUUAUCAGCCUUCCAAUAAAGUUUGAAAGCAGGAUUUGGCGUCUUUAUGAAAAAACAAACAACUCUGUGAAUGAAAACUGUAAUCACUGAUGGUCAUGUGAUUAUUAAUUUGAGGAAAAAUAGUAUUUGGUUUGUUUGAAAUACUUGGAGAAGCAAACAUUUGAUCCUCUUUGAUACUUAGUAAAAACUCUACUUGAAUAACACCGAGAGACAAAAAUAUCUUUUUCAAUCCAUGUGAUGUUCUACUGUGGAAUAAGAGAGUAAGCCCUUGGCACCAGAAGCUACUUUUACCCCCUUUAGCUAAAAUACAUUCUGGCAGGUUUCUUUGCAUAAUUAUCCAGACUCUGACAUCAGCUUAGUGAAAAUUUUACCCGCCUUCCAUGCAAAAUUCCUUUAGAGGCAAGAUCUUUAAGAGUUUUCAUGCAGUUUUUGUGGUUUUCACAUCCUUCCAUUUCCUCGUUUUGAGUCAUUCCCUGGUGGAGUUGCUAGUGUGCUUUGGAUCAUUAUCCUUCCAAAAUACCUACUUGCUGCUUAAUUUUUCAGGCAAAUGGGCUAACAUUUUAUUCAAGUGCAAUUUAAUAUGAUGUAGAAUUUAGAGCUGAAUCAAUGACCAUGAGCUGCCCAGUCCCCGAGGCAGCAAAGCAACUCCGGAACAUACUUCAUAGAUGCCUCGUGGUUCUUAUCCUGAGAGGCUGUCUUUGGUCUGCACCAAACAACUCUUAUCUUUGAUUUGUCUGUCCAGAGCACAUUAUUCCAGAAGGCCUGGUCUUUUCUCACUGUCAAACUGCAGUUUAUCUUUUGCUUGGCACACCUCCCAUACAGGUCAGAUUUGUACAAUCAUUUUUUGAUUUUAAAUACCUACAAUGAUGCCAGCAGUUUCAAGAGUUACCUGCAGAUCCUGAGAUGAAAAUCACGUUUCGUUUUUUUGUUACAACUGAAAUUGGGGGCUGAAAUUGCUCAGGUAGCCGUGACUGGACAAACCGGCUGUGGUUUGAAAUCUAUGCCAGCUGUAGAUGAUUUUCCUAAAUUAAUUUUUUCAAAAAUCACUGCCAAGCUUAUAGCCAUCUACAAGCUUUUUUAAGAGGCUAAGGGAAGAGCUUUCCAUAUCAUGACAUGAUCACGCUCUACACAUUUUAACAACAAAAAGAACACCAUAUCAGUGUGUGAGGUUUAAAUUAAACAGGUCCCACCUGUCACUACUUAAGGAUAUUCUAAUCAGCAGAACAUAAUCUGGGGCACUGAUUAUACCUUUAUGUGUUUGAAGGUGUGAUAAAGGUAGAGGUGUACUUCUUCCAUGUGACUCAUCCAUUUGUUUCAGGUACUGUCACUUUCCACCACAGUUCAAAGACAUGUUUGGUUAACCAGUAACGUAGUCCCCCUGCAAGCCUACGGGUUAACAGGAUAAGUGGUUAAGAGGAUGGAUGGAUGGCCUUUAUUAAACCAAACACAUAUUUAUGCACAAAUUUAUUAUUAAAGUAACCAAGAAGCAAAAUUCACUCAAAUUCAGUUUUAUUUAUAUAACACCAAUUCUCAUCAACAGUAACCUCAAAGCGCUUUAUAUUGCGAGAUGAAGAACCUGCAACAUUAGAGGGAAAAACUCAACAAUCAGACAGCCUGCUAUAAGCUAGCACUUGGUGACAGUGGAAAGGAAAAACUCCACUUUAACAGAUACGUCUAGCAGAACCAGCCUCAGGGAGGGGCAACCAUCUGCCAUGACUGAUUUGGGGUGAGGGGAACAGAAAAGAAGUCAUGAAUGGUAAAUGGCCUGCAUUUGUAUAGCGCUUUUCUAGUCCCUAAGGACCCCAAAGCACUUCACACU